AUGAAUGUAAAUUAUGACCGUGUUUGUAGACUGUGCUUGUCAUCUACAUGUGAAUUACUACCGAUUUUUCCUACCACCAGUUCGGAUGACUCGGAACCUCCUGUCCUCGCUUCAAAGAUUAAAGAUUGCGUGUCAGUACAGAUAAGGGAAAAUGACGACCUGCCAACUAAUGUCUGCAGGAAAUGUAUGGAUAAUGUCAAUAACUGGCACAUAUUUAAGGCAGUAUGUGAAAGAACACAAAACAGAUUACUAUCGUUUUUAAAUAAGGAGAGUGACCAACUAGAAGAGGUGAAAAUAAAAAAUGAGCCUUUAUCUGAUGAAGCUUAUGAUGAUGGAGUGGUCAUUGAUGGUUCAUAUCCUGAAAGUGAAAAUGCUGCCCCAUCUAGUAAGGUCCAACCGGAGGGUCCACCUAUCUUGGCAUCAUUGGGGCUCACACCAAGAAGUGAUAAGGGAAUGGAUAGUGAAAAGGAUGAGGAUUAUGAAGAGGAGGAAGAAAUUGACCAACAGCAAUUCACACAUGUCCCGAACAUGCCAGAAGUAUCCAUUACAGUCAUGAGACCAAGCGGUGAAACUCUUCAUGCUCGUCAGGGUAUUCAAGAAAUAGCAUCCAAGGAUUGUCUAGUUUGUGGUCGGUCAUACAGAUAUUCCCACAAUGCCAGAAGACAUGAAUUGAACGCGCACAGUUUUGACCGAUACACCAAUAAAAUAACGAAUAAGAAGCAGCAAUCACACAUGCAACCCAAGUUCAGGCCGAAUCCAUUCAACCCCAAAGCUCGCCUCAUGCCAAAUCCCAUCAGCCACAAAAUGCAAUUUCAUUCAAAAUCAAUGCCCGGUAGAAUGCCACAGAGGAUAGUCGCACCGCCGAAGCCGAUACCAAUUAAAGCCGCUAAAGCCUCGCAAAAUAACUUGCCAUAUCCGCUUCGUAUAAAAGCAUUAAAAGAUCUGCAGAUCAAAAAGAAGGAACCACAAAUUUUAAAGACACUAUUGACUUCCAAACCAGAAGUUUUGGUGUCAGAGCCUGAAAUAAUCAAUUCAGGCCCAGAAAGCCCCGAGACGUUGAUUUCCGAACCUGAAAUAGCGUCUUUCCAAGUGGAAACAAUUUUAUCAGAACCAGAAGGAUAUGUCAAUCAACAGCAAGAUGAUGACGAAGGUGGAAAUGAUAAUAACCAAGGCCAACAUUAUGAUACCGUUGAUAUGGAAUCUGAUAAUGAAAUAGAAAUUGCACGACAGAAUGAAAACGAAAUAGAUGUAGAUGAAAAUCCCAUGAAUGAUCCUGAAGAAAACCAGAAUGAUGAAGAGAAUAAUAUGGAUGAUGGGCAAGAGGACAGUGAUAGAGGUAAUGAUGAUAGUAAUGACAGACAGGAGGACUUAGUAAAUAACGUGGAUGGUGAGGGUGGUGAUGCCAAAGAAAGUCAGGAUGAUGAGACAGAAAAAGAUAAUUACCAAAACAUAAAGAAUGAAGAUAAUGAAGAUGAUGAAAUGCCAGCAUUAAACAUUGCACCCGUCGUCGAGAUAAAUGAAGACAUGCAAACUAACUCGUACAAUAGUGAUGGGAACGAGGAGGAAGAAGCUGACGAAACGGUUGAUCCAAAUGACACGGUUGAUGGUGAUGAGGCUGAAAAAGAUUUGGACCCAGAUAAAGUGUACAUCACUAAAACUCAAAGAGACUUCAUCUUAAAGUACCGUGACAUCAUUGAGCAGAUCAAUACUAAGCGGUGUCUUUGUUGUAAUAAAGAACAUCCACGGAGGAAAGCUGUUAUACAGCAUUUGCAGAAAAAUGGACACAAAGUACCAAAACACACUUGUUAUAAUUGCGUAGUGACCUACGGACAUAUCGGUGCUUUGUUGAGUCACAUGAGAUCGAACACUUGCACUGAUCUGUGGAAAAUAAUUUAUAACGAAAAUGGUAUAACCGAUGAUAUCGUGUUAGAAGAUAAACCCGAUAAUAAAAUUCCAUACAAAGAUGUCGUUAAUGCUAGGUCGUACGCUUGCAAGUUAUGUCCAGCGAAAUUCCAGCUGAAACAAUUCAUUAUGAAACACGUUUUAGAUGUCCACGAGGAUGGUCAAUCUCGAGUUCCGUUUUCUUGCGUCCAUUGUGGGAUGAGAUUUAAAGACAAAAACAUUGGUAAAAGACAUAUUCGCAAUGGAGAUUGCACUGUGUAUAUAGCUUGUGAGUUAUGUUCUGAGAAGUUUUUGAACAUGCAAGAUUUCAAUGAUCAUGCUGUUUCCGUGCAUGCUGGCAAUUUAGAUCCCGAAAACCAAAACAAAUGUGUGGACGGUCGACCGACUGAUUGUCCAAUCUGUGGAAAGAAGAACAGUAGUUACCCCAAUUUAGUGAAGCAUUUGAAAGCCGUACAUAACGAAGAAAAGCCUCAUCACUGCCAACAUUGUGACUCUAAAUUCGAGCAAACUACUGAUCUUAACAAGCACAUAUACAUGGAACAUUCUGAUAGAAGUUUGGGUAUGCAGUCUAUCGAGCCCGACAUGUCAAUUGUUAAGGAGGAAGCCGAAGAAUAUCAUUAUUCAUGUACGGAAUGCAACGCCAUCUUUGAAACUGUUGAUGCGUGGACGGAUCAUCAAGUUGCCGAACACAACCAAGUCGCUCAUCACUGUGAUCAGUGUGAAAAGAAAUUCUUACGACCAUCAGAACUCGCUGAACAUAAGAACACACAUUUGCGAGUUAAAUUUUAUCCAUGCAACGUAUGUUCGAAUUCCUACAGCACUCCACAAAAGCUGAAUGAGCAUAUGCAGCAGAUGCAUCCUGGGUCAAAUGCACGUGGAGGUGAUAGCGAUUUCUAUUGCGAUAUAUGUGUUAGAUCGUUUAAGAGUCGUCAAGCAUAUUCUAAUCACAUGCGUAUACACUCCAGAGUCCCGACAACUAAUAGGAAACCAGGAGAAUCUAAAGGAUUUGCUCCUCAAAUUGUCGGUAAACCCAUAAAACAAUUCUCAAUGCAACCUGGUUAUAGUCCCUACGUCCCCAACGCGCCAUAUUGUUGUGAUAUUUGCGGAAAAGGAUUCAUGCAUAAGAAAAAUAUAUGGAAACAUAAAAAAGUUCUACACGCUGAUCUACUCAAUGAUAGGAAUGACAGCGAGGAAAAUACCAUGCAUGCUUCUACAGAAGAGGAUGAAUAUAAUGUUGAUGAAAACGGUGCCAUUUUAACGACGCCACAAUUUAAUAGUUUUAAUUUCACCAAUGACGCUUUGCCAUAUUCAUGUGAGUUAUGUUAUAAACGUUUUCCGCUGCGGACGUAUUUGUGGAAACACAAACGCGCUAAGCACGGCAUCACCAAACCUAACGCUGGUGAAUCUUCAGAAACACAAACACAGCCGUCAUCGGCUGAAGGGAGAUCUAGUUGCACGAUAUGUAAAAUAACAUUCUCUGAUAAGAAAUCAUACUAUCGUCAUAGGAAAAACGUUCACAAGUCGACUGUGCAGAUGUGUAAGAUAUGUGGAAAACCUUUGAAUUCAACUUUGGAGUUGUACGAACAUCUUAAAGCUGCGCAUGCUCGAGAGUUACUUGGAUACAACGCCAACCAAGGCCCGAGUAAAUCACAAGAGGUUGUUCAAGAAAUGGAGGUAGAAUACGACGAAGAUCAAGAUUCCGCUGACCCGAGCGUCGAUUACCAGGCCAGAUACCCGUGUGAUACUUGUGGGAAACAGUUCGUUGGACUUCUUGCUUUGCAGAAUCAUCAAUGUAUAAACCAGAUUCAGACACAGCCUCAAACAUUUGAAUGUGAAAUUUGUCACAAGAGCUACACGUCAAUUGCCGCACUGAAGAGUCACCGGGGAUGGCAUUUACGGUCUCCAGAUGGAAAAGCAGCGGCCAAUAAUACUGGGUUAUGGAUGCCCCAAAACAAAGUGACGACCAAAGUGAGCAAACACGAAGUUGUAGACCCGUCUCAACUCGCGCGUGUUCAACAUUCAACACCAGCCAACAUCGCCAAAAGGAGAUUACCGCCGGAAGUCGAAAUAACUGUGGUUAAUCCGAACAAAAAGCUACGAUCUGAUGACUCUAUUGAAUUAGAUCAUCAGAACAAUUCGUCUGGCGUUCCUGAAGAUAAAUACUGUAACAUUUGCGAUAAAGAAUUCACAAAGCGAGCGGCCUACCAGCGUCACAUGGACGAAGUUCAUCAACCGAACUCCGUGUUCUGUCCCGUAUGCGACAAGAGUUUCACCAGGAAAUCUACAUUAAUAGUUCACAUGAAGAAGCAUUACGAAAGCGGAGAAGGUACUUCUGGCUCUACACAAAUGGACGAAGAUUCUCACACGUGUGAUGUAUGCGGCAGUGUGUUCGAUAGCUCAAAGUCUUUGAUGGCCCACAAGAAUAUGCAUCAUGGCGAGGAUGAAUCCGAUCAGUCUGAAGACGAUGGCGGAGCGACUAUACAGCCACCAGGCGAGUUCACAUGCGCUCAAUGCGGCGACGGCGUCGCUACACCACGAGACUUAAUAGCACAUCGAGCUAUGCACGCUACUCCUACGAAGUUCUUUUGUAACAUUUGCAAGGUCUACUUCGCCAGAGCGUUGGACCUCUCGUCCCACACUCGAGCCAGACAUUCUGACAACGAAAAAGUAUUCUUCCCUUGCGCUAUGUGCGACCGUUUUUAUAUGAACAAGAAGAGUUUGCAGCGCCACAUAGAAAUGGCUCACUGA